AUGCUCACUUCCCUGGGUAGGGCCGCCGCUCGUCGCGUCCAAACAUCCCGCAUCUCUGCUCCCACUUCUGUUUCCGCUCAAUUGCUCUCCCGCCAGAACGCUGUUGCGGCCGCGCUUCCUGUCCGAAGCUUCACUGUCUCAACAUGGUCGUCCUCUCCCACCGCGAGUGAUAAGAAGCCCGCCAAGAAGACCACUACCACCACUACUAAGAAGGCUGCUGGUACAACCACCGCUACCAAAUCCAAGGCUAAGGCCACUGAGACGAAGGUAAAGGAUACGGCUAAGCCCAAGCCUAAGGCCAAGGCCAAGCCUGCUGAAGAAAAACCCAAGAAGCCUAAGAAGGCGGUCGACCCUGAGAAGCUCAAGAAACUUGAAAUCAAGGAAGUCAAGAAGUGGGCCCUCAAAGAGAAGCUUCCUCAGCUGCCAGCUUCUUCAUGGAUUCUAUACACAUUCGAGAACAGAGCAAGCAACCUAGGUGCUGGUGGAAUCACCCAGCAGACCACUGCAAUGGCAGACAAGUUCCGUCAGCUCAGCCAGUCUGAGGUCGAUGAUCUUACCGCCAGAGCAGCCAUCAACCGUGUAAAGAACCAGGAGAACUACAAGGCCUGGGUUGAGGCACACGAGCCCGCGCGUAUUCACCUAGCCAACAAGUCCCGCCGUCGCUUGGCAUUCCUGACUGGCAAGCCUGAGAAGCCCAUCGUCGAUGAACGCCUGCCCGAGCGCCCAAAGGGCUCUUAUGCCCUGUUCGUGGCCGAGAACCACUCGCGCUUUGCCAGCUCCGGUCGCCAUGAGGUCUUCAAGCUGCUUGGUGAGGAGUGGAAGCAAAUCAGCGCAGCGGAGAAGGCUCGGUACGAGGAGAAGGCUGCGGAGGGCUUCGCCAAGUUCAAGGCUGAGAUGGACAAGGUUGAUGCCCGCGCAGAAGCCAUCAAGGAGGCCGGUCUGUCCAACUAG